UUCAUUUUUUCUUUCGGUGCAUCAAACACGAAACCGCCGCUCUUUUGUGCCUCAUCGGGUCUAUCGUUUUUUAAUUUCUUGGUAAAUUUGUGAAUUUUCAGUGAAUAUUUUGUGCGAUAAAAACCUUAAACUACGCUAAAAGAUGUCCAAGGAGGACGAGCCCGUUGAAACGGUGGAUACGAAUGAAAAUUCGAAUGAGUCCAACUCCGACACUACCUCGUCGCAUACCAAGGAACCGGAUUACGAUGCUACGCUGGAAACGGACCGCGGCAAGCGGUUCGAGUUUUUGCUGAAGCAGACGGAGAUUUUCUCCCACUUCAUGCAAUCGGCCCCAAAAGGAUCGUCGAGCAGCCCACCAGCCAAGGCGAAGGGCAAGCCGAAGAAAGGAGGUGACAAGGGAGAGAAGCAACCCGCCGCGAGCACCAGUGGCGACCCGGGAGACCAUCGCCAUCGAAAGACGGAACAGGAGGAAGAUGAGGAGCUGUUGGCGGAAACGAACAUCAAACCGAAAACGGUGUUCCGCUUCGAAGCGUCCCCGCCGUAUAUCAAGGCUGGCGAGAUGCGAGACUACCAAAUCAGAGGUCUGAACUGGAUGAUUUCCCUGUACGAGAAUGGAAUCAACGGAAUUUUGGCCGAUGAGAUGGGUCUGGGAAAGACGCUGCAGACAAUUUCCCUGCUGGGUUAUUUGAAGAGCUUCCGAAGCAAUCCAGGACCGCACAUAGUAAUCGUGCCCAAAUCGACGCUGCAGAACUGGGUCAACGAGUUUGGACGGUGGUGCCCUUCGUUGCGUGCGGUUUGCUUGAUUGGAGACCAGGAAACCAGGAAUGUAUUCAUCAGGGAUGUGCUGAUGCCUGGGGAAUGGGAUGUCUGCGUAACAUCGUACGAAAUGUGCAUCCGAGAGAAGGCCGUUUUCAAGAAGUUCAACUGGAGAUACAUGGUCAUAGAUGAGGCCCAUCGUAUCAAGAAUGAAAAAUCUAAACUUUCGGAAAUUUUGAGGGAGUUCAAGACAGCUAACCGCCUGUUGCUGACGGGAACGCCGCUGCAGAAUAAUUUGCAUGAGUUGUGGGCUUUGCUGAAUUUCCUGUUGCCGGAUAUUUUCAACAGCGCUGAUGAUUUUGACUCCUGGUUCGACGCAAAUGAAUGCAUUGGUGACAACAAAUUGAUCGAACGUUUGCAUGCGGUGUUGAAGCCUUUCCUGCUUCGUCGAUUGAAAUCGGAAGUAGAGAAGAGGCUGCUGCCGAAAAAGGAGGUCAAAAUCUUUGUUGGGCUGUCCAAGAUGCAACGCGAGUGGUAUACGAAAAUUCUCAUGAAGGAUAUCGACAUUGUGAACGGAGCUGGUAAGAUGGAAAAGAUGCGUCUUCAGAACAUUUUGAUGCAGCUUAGGAAGUGCACCAACCACCCUUACCUGUUCGAUGGUGCUGAGCCUGGUCCACCAUACACCACCGAUUAUCAUUUGUUGGAGAACAGCGGCAAAAUGGUCGUUUUGGAUAAGUUGUUGACCAAACUUCAGGAGCAGGGAUCUCGAGUACUGGUCUUCAGUCAGAUGACACGUAUGUUGGACAUUUUGGAAGAUUACUGCUACUGGCGUGGCUAUCAGUACUGUCGUCUGGAUGGUCAAACCCCCCACGAGGAUCGUACGAAAAUGAUUGACGAUUACAAUGCUGAGAACAGUACGAAGUUUAUUUUCAUGUUGUCCACUCGAGCUGGUGGAUUGGGUAUCAAUUUGGCCACCGCCGACGUAGUCAUUAUCUACGACUCCGAUUGGAACCCUCAGAUGGAUUUGCAGGCUAUGGAUCGUGCUCACAGAAUUGGACAGAAGAAACAGGUCCGUGUGUUCCGUCUUAUCACUGAAAAUACCGUCGAAGAGAAGAUCGUUGAGCGUGCGGAGAUCAAGCUCAAACUGGAUAAAUUGGUUAUUCAACAAGGGCGUUUAGUGGACAACAAAACGAAUCAACUCAACAAAGAUGAAAUGUUGAAUAUCAUUCGGUUCGGCGCCAAUCAUGUGUUCCAGUCCAAGGACUCAGAGAUCACCGACGAGGACAUCGACCGCAUUCUGCAGAAAGGUGAGGAAAAAACCGCCGAGCAAACUGCCAAGCUGGAUAAAAUGGGCGAAUCUUCACUGCGUAGUUUUACCUUGGACACGGAAAACCUCGAAAACCGUUCGGUCUAUCAGUUUGAAGGAGAGGAUUAUCGUGAGAAACAAAAACUGCACGCUCUUGGCUCCUGGAUUGAACCACCGAAACGCGAGCGCAAAGCCAACUAUGCAGUUGAUGCGUACUUCAAAGAGGCUCUCCGGGUGGCCGAACCCAAAGCACCGAAAGCUCCCCGUCCUCCGAAGCAACCAAUCGUACAAGACUUCCAGUUUUUCCCACCGAGGCUGUUCGAGCUGCUCGACCAGGAAAUCUACCACUAUCGUAAAACGGUCAACUAUAAGGUCCCCAAGAACCCGGACCUGGGCAUGGAAGCAACAAAGGUCCAACGGGAGGAACAGCGUAAGAUCGACGAGGCGGACCCGCUCAGCGAUGAGGAGCUGCUCGAGAAAGAAUCGCUGCUAACGCAAGGCUUUACCAAUUGGAACAAACGCGACUUCAAUCAGUUUAUCAAGGCCAACGAGAAGUUCGGUCGGGAUGACAUUGAAAACAUUGCCAAGGAGGUGGAGGGCAAAACACCGGAAGAGGUUAUGGAGUACAGUGCGGUCUUCUGGGAACGUUGCCACGAGCUGCAGGACAUUGAGCGGCUGAUGGCUCAGAUCGAACGAGGGGAGGCGAAGAUUCAACGCCGAGCAUCGAUCAAGAAGGCUCUGGACAGCAAGAUGUGUCGCUACCGUGCCCCAUUCCACCAGUUGCGCAUCGCGUACGGCAACAAUAAGGGUAAGAACUACAUGGAAGAGGAGGACCGCUUCCUGGUGUGCAUGCUGCACAAGUUGGGCUUCGACAAGGAAAACGUCUACGAGGAGCUCCGAACGUCGGUUCGCUCGGCACCCCAGUUCCGUUUCGAUUGGUUCCUCAAGUCGCGUACGGCGCUGGAACUGCAACGUCGCUGCAACACGCUGAUUACGUUGAUCGAGCGCGAAAAUCAGGAACUGGAAGAGAAGGAACGGCAGGAAAAGAAGAAGAAGACUGCACCAGCGGGCGGAACGCCGAAACCGGCCGCCGGGAAGCGCAAGGCGGAAACGGCCACCACUCCCAGCGACAAGAAUAACAAGAAAAAGAAGAAGACCUAAAAAGCUUUUCUGGGGAAGUGAUUCUAAUUUUAGAAAAUAUGACAAGAAAACAUUCGUAGUUUUACACCCAACCUUAGUUUGAUUAGAACCGUGGCUACAAAAUUAAAUCCACUCGUCGUUUCAUUUUUGCCCAUCUGUGACAGUUCUCAGCAUAAGAUUUAUGCUGUUUCAACUCAACAACAGUCAACAGUGAUUAAAUUAUUUUCUCAGUAAGUACAUAAUGUUAUUCCUACUUUACAUCUAACAAAGAUGAAGUAUUCAGAAGAUCUGUUCAAUGCAUCUUUUGUUGUUUGGAAUUACUUUGCGAGUCUUGUGAGGCUAACAAACCGAUUCAAUGUUUGACACAGUUUGAACUCAUUUUGUUACCUUGGUAGUAAUUCUGAAGACAAAUAAUGGAAAUAAUGGCUUGUUCAAUGAACAAUGUUCAUGUUGAAACUGACUGAAUUACUUAACAUCGUCAAUGUGUUCAAACUAUUGUUAAUGAAGUGAAAUUCAUCACACGGAUCUCGCAUCGUGAAUCCAACCUGGUUUUGUGCACUAUUUAGUUGUAUAAAACAUAAAACACUAUCAUUAAAAUAUAAAACAUAAAUGGUGUCUUCAUAUCUUUCUAUUCGAAAAUAUGAUCAUUAACGCAAGAAAUAUAAUUAGCGCUCACUAGUGAUAUAUCGAUAGUAGUAUUACAAUAA